GCGACCCACUUCCGGUAGUGGCGGAAGUCGUGAUAGGUUCGGCUCUGAAGCGGGAACUAUGGCGGCGACGGAGCCGGAUGUGGAGGCUUUACCGCGCGGGGGCUUCAGAUGCUGCCUCUGCCACGUGAACACGGCUAAUAGGCCAAGCUUGGAUGCCCACCUGGCGGGCAAGAAGCAUCGCCGCCUUGAAGAGCUCCGAGCUACCCGACGGGCUCAGGGACUGCGGAGUGUGUUUGUCAGCGGCUUUCCCCGGGGCCUGGAUCCGGCCCAGCUCUCUGAGUACUUUCAGGCCUUUGGGUCGGUGGCCAGCAUCGUCAUGGACAAGGACAAGGGUGUGUUUGCUAUUGUUGAAAUGGGAGACUCCCGUGCCCGUGACGCCAUCCUGUCCCAGCCCCAGCACGCUCUUGGCGGCCAUCGAUUACGUGUCCGGCCUCGGCAGCAGAAGGAAUUCCAGAUUCCAGCUCCCAAGUCACCCAAGGGGGCCCCGGCCGAUGACCAGCAGCUGACCCGGGCGCUGGCAGAGGCUGUGGAUGUGGAGGCCCAGAUGGUGCAGCUGGUGGGCCUUCGGGAGCUCUCGGAGGCCGAGCGGCAGCUUCGAGGGCUCAUCGUGGCGCUGAUGCAGGAGGUCUUUGCUGAGUUCUUCCCUGGCUGUGUCAUCCGUCCCUUUGGCUCUUCUACAAAUGGCUUUGAUGUCCACGGGUGUGACCUUGACCUCUUCCUGGACCUGGGGGAUCUGGAGGGGCUGCAGCGAGACCCAAAGGCCCCAGCCUCUCCGGUGUUGGAUUCAGCGCUUGCUUCUCCACUGGAUCCUCAAGCCUUGGCCUCCACUCCAGCUUCCCCUGUAGACUCUCAGGCCCCAGCAUCUCCCCAGGACUCUGAAACCCCUAUGUCCUCCCUAGCCCCUCCAACCCCUGACUCGGCCCUGGCCUCCCCACAGUCCUUGCCCCCAGUAUCACCUGCUCAGGAGGAGGUGGGAGAAAGGGACUCGGGGAAGGCCUGGGAGCUUGGGGGAGCCCUUCCGGGGGAGGUGGGGGAGGGAGAGGCCAUGCUGGAACUUGUCGGCUCCGUCCUCCGGGGCUGUGUCCCCGGGGUGCAUAGCGUCCGGACCGUGCCCUCAGCUAGACGCCCUGUGGUCAAAUUCUGCCAUCGACCCUCUGGUCUUCACGGUGACCUCUCCCUCAGUAACAGGCUGGCGUUAUAUAAUUCCCAGUUCCUGAGUCUCUGCUGUGCCCUGGACAGGCGGGUACGGCCCCUGGUCUACACCCUGCGCUGUUGGGCUCAGGGGCGAGGGCUGACAGGGAGCGGCCCCCUUCUGAGUAAUUACGCACUGACUCUCUUGGGGAUCUACUUCCUUCAAACCCGGGACCCUCCCGUGCUGCCUUCCCUCGCCAAGCUCAGCCAGGCGGCAGGUGAAGAGGAGCGGGUUGAGGUGGACGGCUGGGACUGCAGCUUCCCCCAGCAGGCUUCCCGCCUGGCGCCCAGCACCAACACUGAGCCCCUUGCUGCUCUCCUGGCCCAGUUCUUUUGCUGUGUCUCCAGCUGGGAGCUCCGAGGCUCGCUGCUGUCUCUGAGGGAAGGCCAGCCGCUGCCCGUAGCCGAGGGCCUGCCCCCUGGUCUCUGGGGGGGCUUACGCCUCGGCCCUCUGAACCUGCAGGACCCUUUUGACCUAAGUCACAACGUGGCGGCCAACGUGACUGGCCGGGUAGCUGGCCGCCUGCAGAACUGUUGUCGGGAGUCGGCCAAUUAUUGUCGAAGCCUCCAGUUCCAGCGGCGAUCCCCUCGGGGCCGGGACUGGGGUCUGCUUCCUCUCCUGCAGCCCAGCUCCGCCACCUCCCUGCUGUCUGCUACUCCCAUCCUUCUGCCCCCGGCCCCCUUUGCCCAGCUCUGUGCUGCUAUCAGCCAGGUGUUUGAGGAAGUACUGGGCUGCCAGGUGGAGCAGAGCAGCAAGAGACAGAGGCCAGAAGGAAAUGGUGACAGGGAGGAGUGUGUCCAGGGAGGACCAAGUAAAAGACUCCGAUUAGAGAGGGAGGGAGGGCAGAAGGGAGCCCUGCAGAAUGAGGGGCACCGAGGAGAGGCCGAGGUGGAGGAGAUGGUGCUGGAGGCUGAUGGAGAGCAGGGCCAAUCGUCAGCCCCUGGGGACCCUGGGCCGCCCGGGGACCAGCUGCAGAGGCUUGGGCAGCAUCAGGUCGAAAGGGAAGUCAAGCAGUUGGAAAACCCAGGCACUGAAGAGGUAGAAGCGGCCCAGGGGGACAAGGAGACAGGUCCUGGGAUGGCCCGGACCUGGCUCUGUACACUUUGCCAUCCAGUAUGGCUCGGGCGGCGGAAGCUCCGGAGGCACCUGCAGCAGCAAGCCACAGGGGAAAUGAGCUGGCUGCAGGUGGAGGCUCGGGUGACCCAGGAGCUGAUAGCACAGGAAAACAGGAAGCAGAGGCUGGAGCCGACACAGCCCCUCCUCACCUUCAUAGCUUCCGCCAGCCCCACUGGCCAAUUUCUCACUCUCACCCAGCUCCAGGAUCCUCAGAGUCUGUUCCCUGAUCUCCAUCAUUUCUUACAUGGUUUUCUACCUCGAACUGUCCGGGGCCUCCUAGGGUGUGAGAAGGGCAACUGAAGAGAGGAGGGGCCAAUAAAGUGCUU